AUGAGAUCAGGAACCGCUGCUCGCUGGUGGCGUAUCUUACCUGUUCCCUGUUACCGCGAGUUGGUUCAUCCGAUUUGGAAUCUCUUCAAGAAUCCAAUUGGCUCGGACAGCAUUCUUCCCUCUACAGUCAAUAUCCUGGAACAAAAAGCCCCAAACGAACCUCUUCUCACCUCCCUCCUAGACCUAGAACCCGCAGUCGACUCCACCACAUCCAUCUUCAUCUCCCAACUCACCCAGUUCGCCAGCCGCCAAACCCCACUCAACCUCGCCAUCUGGCUUCAAUACUACGCAUUCGACGUCAUCGGCUUUCUCACAUUCGCCAAAAAGCCAGGCUUCCUCCAUGCAGGCCAUGGCAUCGACGGCAAUCCUAUUUCCUAUCGGGAAUCCCUGGCUCAGCUUUCAUACUUGGGUGCUGUUCUUAAAGAGGCGUUGAGGCUUCAUCCGCGGGGAGGUGUCGAUGCCGGACGUGACGAUCUGUGGGAAGUUCAUUCUUCAUUCCGGCGGGAACGACUGUUGGGAUCAAUGCUUGGGUGGUGA